UUUCUAUUUUUUUUAUUUUUUUAGAUUAGUGCCAUAGAACAUAGAACCAUUAGUGUGCCAUGUUUUGCAAAUCUCUUUCGCGGCAGCGUGCAGUCAUGCUGCCCGUGCAAGCCCGGAGAACGUUAGCGUGAGCAAACGCGCAGACGAGAAAACGUCCCGCCCAUGAUAAUCAAGACGCGCGUAAAAGGAAAAGUCCGUAGCGUCGAAACUUAAAACUCGGCAGAUCGACAGGUACACAAUGUGCAUCGAAAGCCGCGAAGAGAACGAGCAUCUCGUGAACUGUGCUUCAGCAGCGUCUCAAAGCCCCGACUGUGAUCUCUCCUCACUAACGACGCCGGUGUGCUUUGCAGCGAGUGUGUGAGGUGCCUCCGAACAGGCUGGGCUGUUUCAGCCAUGCUACACUGCGCCCCGUGCAAGCUUGGUUCAGGUGCUCUGCGCCCGAGGAGUGUUGUGAUCUGUGCGUCCGCAAGAAAAUAAUUAGCGAACAAGUAUGAUGUGCGCUGCGCCAUGCCAUCUAAGAAGCAGUAUAAUUUAGUGAGUGACGAUGCAUACGACAGCAGAAUUCCGUUGCACAGCGAAGAGGCCUUUCAGCAUGGAAUCUCAUUCAAUGCCAAGUAUAUCGGCACCUUGGAUGUUCCCCGACCGAGUAGCAGGGUGGAAAUCGUGGCAGCCAUGCGCAGAAUUCGGUAUGAAUUCAAAGCCAAGUCCAUCAAGAAGAAGAAGGUGACAAUUACCAUUUCGGUUGAUGGGGUGAAGAUUGUCCUCCGAAAGAAGCAUAAAAACAAGUGGUCAUGGGACGACACCAGGUAUCUUGUUAUGAAUCAUCCCAUAUACAGGAUAUUCUAUGUGUCUCAUGACUCGCAAGACCUGAAGAUCUUCAGUUACAUUGCCAGGGAUGGUGGAAGCAAUGCAUUCAAGUGCAAUGUCUUCAAGUCUAAGAAGAAGAGUCAAGCCAUGCGUGUGGUGCGGACGAUUGGGCAGGCUUUCGAGGUGUGCCACAAGCUGAGCUUGGCCAAUGCGACGUCCAACUUGGUCGCUCCCGACAGCCUUCCUCCAACCAACCGGCACAGCAGCAGCGAGAACUCCAUUUCCAGAGACAAGGACCAGGUUGACAGGUUUGAGGCAGGGGACAGCACAUGCGACGAUGCCAAGCUGCUGGUACGGGGCGCGGAAGAGGACGUUGCUGCAGAGGCAACGCAGCCAGAGUCGUGCUCCAGCCCCAAGACCCCGCCUUCGUUUCCUGCUGCCGAGGGUUUGCAGCAGACGCUCUUGCAGCAGCAGCAGCAGUCUCAGCAGGCACAGUCUCCCACCCUGUCUUCCAACCAGCUUCUUGCGUGCAGCCAGCGUCUUGGGGUAGGGGACAGCCUGGCCUCGAGCCCCGUGGAGUUGGGGUCUCCCCCGCAGGGGCCCCAGCAGGAGCCGGGGUGCGGCCCUUCCUCGCUGGCCCUGUACCACCAGCUCCAGCUGAUGCGUGCCCAGAUGGAGCACCAGGCCCAGCAGGCCCAGGCAGCUGUCAGCCAGGCCAAGCACCUCAGGGACCAGCUGGCAGCAGAGGCAUCUGCCCGCAACGAGGCCAUGUCCCAGAACCAGGCCCUGAUGGUGCACAACCGAGAGCUUCUGCAGCACAUUCACAUCCUGGUGAGGCACAUCCAGGAGCUCGAGAAGAAGAUCAACAGGCUCGAGGGGAAAGGGGAGCACCUGCAGCCAGACCUCUCGCCCUCCCCCCUGCAGAUCGGCCCCCCGCCGCGCUUCCUGGACCUCCUGUCCGGGUCGCAGGGUGGGAAGACCCCUCCGCCGCUGCUGUCCCCCGACUCGUUUGACCUGGGCAGCCUUGCGUGGCUGUCGGGCUGCCACCCGGUGGCCAGCAGCAGCCCCCCUCCCCCGACCACCCCCUCCCAGACGGCCACCACCAACUCCUCUCCCUCCAUCGGGAGCACCAGCGGCAUUCAGCUCAGGCUGGACGAUCUGAGCUUCUCCGGAGCCAUGAAACCCGCAGAUCAGCAGCAACAGCAGUCGCGUGCCUGUCCCCCGCCCCCAUCCCGUUCUCCCGGCAAGGCGGCUCCGGCGAGCCUGCCCGACCUGCCCGUGUUUGCGGACGGCGGCAGCGGCGCGCUGCCGUCGCCCCCGCCUUGGUCGGCCGGACCGCUGACCUCCUCUUCCGGAGGGAGCACGUUUGUGCGGCAGUUCAGCAUGCCCCUCUCCAGCCAGGAGUCGGGGCUGAACAUUCGACUGCCCGACAUCGGCCGCCUGACCAUCGACGAGAGCGAGACGCCUUCUUUCAAGUUUUUCGGCGGGAGCUCUAGGGCGUUCAACAGGAGUUGAGCGGCGGCCCAAACUCGUUCAUCUAUAUUUCGCAUCUCUCGUAGCGUUUACCUUUUUCGUGCUCUUCUCGGGAAGGGAGCUGUCUCGCGGAGUUGCCAAAGCUCAUCGGCAGGGAGAGGUGUGCGGUCUGAUCCUUGGAGCAGUCCUCAAGUUGUCAUGUAUGUUUGUGAUUUUGGUUAUCAAUUAUAUACUCUGCUUCCAGAAACCCCGAUGUAAUCGUGCAGUUCAUUUUGGAAUUGACAACGUCGGCAAUUCCUGGGGACUUGGUUGAAUGUUGAAAGAAGGGGAGCUUGCUAUUCUUCUUUACUAAGGGCGCGAACCGGGUGUAUAUUUGUGUAGGGGCUAGCACCGCGUAAAAUGUUAGGUCAUGCGCAAUUGCUGCUUCUGCAUUAGAACAUUUUGACAUCUGAGUGUGAAGUUGGAUUCACACUGGCACAUUCGUCACGAGGUAUUUUUAAUUUAACUCGCAUACCACUAAGAGUGGUGUUUAUUUCUUAUCCAUUGUCAGUUUUCGGACACUCCCGUGUCUGUGCACCUUCGGACUGCAUGAAAGGUGUUGUAUCAUUGAAAUUUGCCUUUGGAUAAAAUUUAGAAUGUGUCAAAUGCCUCUAAGCUUGGAAUUUUUUUUAUCUUCCUGCAGGUUCAGGAAAGUAGUAGAUAGAAAACGCCUGAAGGGGAUUCUAAUCUCAAUCAACACCAUGUAUGCCCUCCAAGUCUUAUGAGUCGUUAAAUGACUGGUUUAUGUUUGUUCAUGAGGACAACAUUGAUACAAAAAGUACCUGUGCCACAAGGUUCAAGUUACAUUUCUCCUGAUAAUCUUUAUGUUUCAGUUUGAGCGUUGAGCACAAGUUGUCCGAUGCCAAUGAAAUGUCUGCCCUCUUUAAGUGGCAUCAGCAAUUGCCAACGAGGUGUUUUGUGAUGUCGGUUUUUGCCUCGCGACGUUCUUCGGCUGCCAAGAAGGGCUAAAGCUAAUCUGGAGCUGUUCGGGAGCUGCCUCUAAUGUCAAUGUCGCUUCCUGUGUGCUACGUCUUUUGACGCUUAGUUUUAUUGCCUUAGCUGUGCCCCAUCAAAUCUGAGUUUAUCAGGGGCCACUUUCUGAUAAGCUGUUUCAUUAUAUGGAUCAGACAGGCGAGGGUUACAUCACACAUUCCUGAGUUCCGCUGCCUCCCUCAACCCUAGGGUCCUUUUUCGUACAUCAGCAUAUUGAACAUUUUUCUGUUCAUAUUGGAUUGGUUUGCCUUUGUGGCAUCACUGUAGAUAACCAUAAGGCUCCAUGUAUUUAUGUUAUGACCUUCAUGAAGCUCUGCUGUAUUUGCCUGGUGAGGCAACAUAUUGGUGACAUGACAUAUUUUACCUUUUUCAGUCAAAUGUUUACACUUUUGCUCGUUCAGAAGUUUAGUGUUGUCUUCUUUCUCCAUUAGAUGCAAGCCAUUCUGUGCAAAUGCUAACACUCUAAGCUAACUUUUGGAAACCAAGACUGAAGUACAAAAAGAAAGUCGUUUGUGUGCAUUGGUAUAGGUGUCUUCAAGUUGGAAAGCUGUGGGUGAAAUGUGCCAUUGAUUUGUGUUGUAAUUGCAUUGCCAUUGAUGUGCCAGCUAACGUUUCUGUUAUACUCAUCAUAGCGUUGGUGAUGUUAGCCAUGUUGAGAUGUUAUAUGAGUGCUUUUCAUUUACUUUUACAGCAUGUUUCACUUGACUAACCAUUAUAUUUGGAUAAAACAGUGCCAUUGUGUUGACUGUUUGAAGUGCUGUGUAGUGGUUAAGUUUUGGAGUGUGUUCUAUACAUGAGUACGCUAUAAUCCUUACAGUCCCCAAGUUCUGGCACUUUUAAAAGUGGAUUGUUUCUGUGUGUUUAGUAGGGAAUUUAGCAAAUAUUUUUAUGACCACAGUUAUAGAGUAGCGUACGAUGCACUAACCAGUGGAACCGCCCGAUGCAGAUGUGAGCUACAAGUGAAAAGUUUGUGAGACCACAUCACAUCUGUAUCAGGAAGUUAACUGUAAGGAUCGGAGGGGCAUUUAUUGGUGAUGAGUAAGGGCAUUACAUUUUUAAAGGCGCAUUUCACCAUGAUGUUUUAUACUCAUCAAAGUACAAUGCAAAGCUUGGAAAUGUUGAUCUGUGCUACCGUUUCUGAGUGUUUUCUGCCAAGGAAGGUUCAACAAUUGCUGCUAGUUAUAAGGGCUUUUUUUACAGUGCCCAUGCAGUUCUUUGUGUUAACUUUGUACAAUCUGUAGCAUUGCUAUGCUGUCUCGUUUACUUAAAAAAUAUUAUAUGUACAACAUUGCAUGCCAUCUGAGAAUACUCGUUUUUAGUGCUAUUUUAGAUGACACCCUCCACUAUAGUGAGCAUUAUUAAAUAAAGCUUUUUGAAGGGUUUAUCUACUUUCAUACAUUUUGCACUUUGAAACUUGGCUGAUCUUGGAUGGAUCAUUGUUUAGUACUGCAUUUUGGCAGAUCAUAUCACCAAGUUCAUCUAGGACUAGGUGAUGCAUGUCCGUUAUCAGCUCUACAAUUGAGGCAACAGAAGAAGAGAAACAUGUAGGAUCUGGGAAAUGCUGCAUCUUAUUGAUGCGACUUCACAUCUUUCGGAAGCAGUUGCGAGCGGUUCGGUAAAUGCGUAUGAACGUCGACAUAACAGAAGGUCGGUCUAGAACACUGGAACUCCCGAAGUUCCAUGCCACUGGGACUUCCAAAAUCGGCGAGAAAAAAAAUGUGAGUAUGGCCACUACAACGAGCGACAGGAAGGUCGCUUGCUUUUCACUGGUUCUAGGAGAGCAGCAAGGUGUGUGGAAACCCCGCGUCUUGUUCUCCUCUUCCUUGGUGCACUCAACUACUGUCAGUAUUUGGUGCAGUGGUGCCAUGUUAUUUUGUGCAGUUUGGGUGGCAAAGCUGCUUAGUGGGUUGCAAUUUUUUGCACCCCGUUCGACCGGCCAGUUAUGAAGAAGUUAACGAUGCAUGCCUAUAGUUAUUGGUGCCUAUAGUGCGCAAGCGUGCAGGCGUCUGCAACUGAUGUGGAGGAGUUUUCACACACCAUGAGGUAUUUUUGAAAAGUAACUAGGCUCCCUGUAAAGGUGGUGUC